AUGUGCCACGUGAUCGUGACGUGCCGCUCCAUGCUGUGGACGCUGCUGAGCAUCGCGGCGGCGUUGGGCCAGCUCAUGGCCUUCAUGAGCAGCGACUGGCUGGUGGGCUUCCCGCGCACGCCCGAGCACCACCGCCACGGCCCCCCCUCGGCCGGCCAGGCCUACCGGCCCACGCUGGGCAUCUACGGGCGCUGCGUCAAGCUGCCGCACCUGCAGCACGGCGCCGGCGGCGGGGGCGGCGUCCUGUGCGGCCCCUACGCCGGCGGCUUCGGGGAGAUCGCCAGCGGGUUCUGGCAGGCCACGUCCAUCUUCCUGGCGGCCGGCAUCCUGCUGCUGUGCGCCGUGGCCUUCAUCUCCGUCUUCACCGUCUGCUUCCAGAGCAUCAUGAAGAAGAGCAUCUUCAACGUCUGCGGGCUGCUGCAAGGCAUCGCCGGCCUGUUCCUGAUCCUGGGCCUGAUGCUGUACCCGGCCGGCUGGGGCUCGGACAAGGCCCGCCUGUACUGCGGCGCGGAGGCGGCGCCGUACCGGGCCGGCCUGUGCUCCAUGGGCUGGGCCUUCUACACGGCCGCCGGCGCCACGGCCCUCACCUUCCUGUGCGCCGUCUUCUCGGCGCAGGCCGAGAUCGCCACGUCCAGCGACAAGGUGCAGGAGGAGAUCGAGGAGGGCAAGAGCCUCAUCUGCCUGCUGUGAAGGAUGCCCGCGCCAGAGACUGCCUUGCGCUGUAAAUACCCGCACAGAACGCCGGCGUCCUCUCGCCCCCCCCCAAACCCCAUCAAAACAGAGGUCCACAAAUAAACCAAGUCGGAACACUUUCAUGGAAAAGAACCACUCGAGAAUUCUUCAAAGAAUUUUAUGUGAUGUGGAAACAAUAAAUAUCCCAACGUGACCGUCA